GUGUGUAAAUAAGUUUAAAAUGGCCGACAUAAAUUGCACACUACAGGGUUCUGAAGAAAUUUACGAAACGUGCUGUUCUCCGUGUCUGGAGGUGGGCAAGACAAAGGAAGCUAGGACAUUUUGUGCCGACUGUGGUUCGCAUCUUUGUGAAAAGUGUGUUCGCGAUCACAAUAAAUUUGUUGCUUUACGAUCUCAUCGUUUGACGGAUAUGUGUAAUCAGGAGUCUAAAGGUGAAUGCGAGGGGAAAAGAACUGCUGUUACUAGUGUACAGAUUGCUCGAUGCGCAACGCAUCGUGGAAAGUUGCUUGAUAUGUAUUGUGAAGAUCACAGCCAGUUUUGUUGCCCAUCUUGUGUUACCGUCAAACACAGAUCUUGUAAGAAUGUUGACUCCCUGUCAAACGUCGCUAAACGCUUUAAAGACAGUGAUCAACACAAGGAAAUAAAAGAAGUUAUCGAAAAUAUCAAGAUAAAAGCAGUAGCGGAAAGGAAAAAAAGAAAAGAAUACUUAGCAAGUCUCGAUAGUGAAAAGAACAAACUGCUUCAAGAUGUCGAAAAAUAUCAUGAUGACAUUAUUAACAAAGUCAAAGAGCUCACUGAAACGACCCGACGGAAGAUACUAUCCCGGCACAAAGAAUAUCAAAAACCUGUGGAGUUAGACAAUAUUGCUUUGGAAACUGUCAUUUCUACAAUGAACAGUUAUUCUGAAAAACAAAUGGACCCAAAUGUAGAACAGCUGUUCUUAGACGCCCAGGCGGGAAAAGUUGCCGCAAAAGAGGGUGAAUGGCUUAUUGACGAUUUACCAACUGACUGGGAAAAAACAAUACCAUUUUGUUUCAACUUAGAGCUGAAACAAAAGCUAGACAGUAGUGAAGCACUUGGCGAAAUGACGGAUGCUGUUAAGGAGGUCUGUGAAUUUUCGAAAUGCACAGACGUUUUGCACAAAGUAUUGGAGGGCUGUGACAAGUCUUCGCUGCUUCAUGCUUUUCUGCAUCUGUAUUUGAUGCCAUCGCCUAACACUGGACUAGAAAGUGAUCGACAUAGCACAUGCGAGUUGCAAGGAUUUCUGAAGAGAACCUAUCAGUGCAAGGAAUGUCAUCACAACUCUGAAUCUACUAAACCAUUUUACCACUUGCCUAUUCCCGUGAUGCAGCUACAUAAACUCUUAAAGAAACAAAUGCGUCAGCUUACGUUGUUUUGGGUUCCGUAUAGUGCAAGGGAAAAGCCUAUACAGUUCAAACUCCUCCUGGCGAAAAACAGUGUUGUCGCUGACUUAUGUGACGAGCUCUCCGGUUAUGUCAAAGUGGACACAAAUCAUAUGGUUGUGACAGAUGUGUAUAACCAUAGAUUUCACAAAGUGUUUGCAAUGUCUGAUGCAGUGAGACAGAUUAUGGAUAGAGACGAUAUAUUUAUAUAUGAAGUACCGGCAAAUUACAAUUCCGAUAUGAUCAUGCUGCCAAUAUACAUGAGAGAAAAGAGGGAAAGGUUUCCUUAUUUCAAAUUGAUUACAGUCAACUUAUUUUAUGUCUGGUGAUUUUCAUGUGCUCAU